AUGAAGGCUGAUUUGAAGGAAUAAUCUUUGAAAAUAUUAAAAUUAAAAAUACUUCUCUGUUAGGAGCUUAUUUAGCGAGAUGUGAUUUAAGUGGAUCUGAAUUUGACAAUGUCACUGUUAGGGGAAUGAAUAUGAACAAAACCAUAUUAUUUAAUUGCAACUGGAGAAAUUUAGGUAUAAAAGAGGGAAUAAAUUUAAAUGGUCAUAGUAAAUAGGUCAUUUCACUUUGCUUUCCUGCAGAUUGUAAGUUAUUAGCUUCUAGCAGUGGUGAUAAUUGGAUUCGUUUGUGGGAUAUUAGAAAUAGGAAAAAUAAAUUAUGUUUUCAUAGGCACGGAGUAGUAAAAUCAGUAUUUUAACCUCUUGUAGUAGCUAAUAUGGUUAUAUAUGGAAUCUUAAAAUAGGGAAACAAAUUUCAAAAUUAAUUAGUCAUAAUGAUAAUGUUGAUGUUAAUACAGUUUGUUUUUCUCCUCAUGGUACUACCUUUGCAACUGGUAGUAAAGAUAAGACUAGCCGUUUAUGGGAUGCUAUGA